UAACGGGCCUUUCCUCGUCGAUUGGCCCAAUCGAAGUCCAACUUCUCUCUCUCCUCUUCCAAAACACCUCUCUGCAAAUUAGGGUUUUGGAUUGGAAACCCUGCCCUAAAAUUCUCGACCCAUCGAUCGAUUCUAUGUGGAAUUCACGAUGAAGCGUCCGACCAACCCCAAUUCGAAAGGAGAGAAAAUCGAUGGUUUGGUGUCGAUUGAUCAGAAGAAGGUGAAGAUGAAGAAGAAGAAGAACAUGAUGAGAAUGGGAGGGGGUGGUCUCUCGCUCGAAGCCUUCGCGAAAGCCAAAACCAAGUCCAACGACUACAAUCCUGCCUUGAUCAAGAAGCAAAGGGAGUUUUAUAAGAAUGCCAAAUACGUUAGCAAGUAUAAGAAGUCACUAAAGCAACAGAGCCAGCAGACUGAUAAUUACCGGCAUGUAAGAUCGCAGGAGGAUGAGAAUGAAACCAAAAAAGCUGGUGAAAUGAACCAGCGUUAUAAGAAAAACAAGAGGAGCAGUGCACAAAGUUUGCGAGAAGUGUAUGAGCAGAAGCACGAAGAGGAAGAGGAGGCAAAGAUGGAGAGGGAGGCGAUUGUUCGAGCAAAGAAAGAAGAAAGAGAGAGAACUGAAUCUCGAAGAAAAGCUGUAAGAGAGAAGAUGCUGAAGAAAACAAGGUCAGGCCAACCUGUCAUGAAGUACAGAAUUCAGCACCUUUUGGAGACAAUUCAAGGUUCAACUAGUUAGGUGAUGAAUGAAUCCUCCUCCAGUUGUAGUCUGCCCACUCUGAUGACUUCAUUUGAGAACCUAAAAAAAAUCGCGUACUUGCUAAUGUUGUAGUAGUGGUGUUGUGAAAUAUGACUAAAGAUCCAGCUGUUAUAACAUAUAUGGACAGCUCAAUAGUUUUUGCAACUAAUGGAAAGAAUUAUAUUCUUUUUUAAGAA